UCAGAGGUCGGAGGUCAGGCAAGAUGGUGGAGACCGUAGUCGCACCGUCGGUGCGCCUGGUUUCUUACGGAGGCAACAAGAUCAACUACCGCAAGCCCGUUUUUUCGACCGACAGCAAAUAUUUGUUUUGUGCAUCAGGAGAUCUUGUGAAAGUAUAUAGCACUACCACAGAGGAAUGUAUACAGGAAUUGCAAGGUCAUAAGAAUCUGGUUACAGGCAUACAGCUUAAUCCACAAAACCAUUUGCAGCUAUACUCUGCAUCAUUGGAUGGCACCAUCAAACUUUGGGACUUCACUGAUGGAAUCUUAAUAAGAACAUUUACAGUGAAUGUUAAACUACUUGCUUUAUACACACCUGCUGUUGGUCCAAACACAAUCUUUGCUAUUAUUCCAAGUGCUAAAGUGUUUCAGUUGGUGUCCGUCAAUCUGCCUAAGUCAACUUCCCAAGAAGUUGAUGCAAAAGAAUUUUCUGUCAUUUUGGAAGAUGUAUGUGAGUCACCAAAAUUAACUGCUUUUGGAAGAGAGGGUGCAUAUGUUGCUUCAGUUAAAAAACUUGAGCUCCAAGUGUUUUUCUUCAAGAAGAAAAAGCACUUAAGGUUUCCUUUGAGUGCCAAAUAUUGCAAAAGAAGCACUAAUGCCUUCACCUGUAUAGCCUGUCAUCCAAAGGAAGACUGCAUAGCAACAGGUCACCAAGAUGGCAAAAUCCGUCUCUGGUGGAAAUUUAAUGAUAAAAAGGAGUAUACGUACUCUUCAUUGCAUUGGCACCAUGAGGCCGUCAAUGACUUGAUCUUCUCGACAGAAGGUACCAUUUUGCUGAGUGGCGGAAUAGAGGCUGUUUUAGUUCGGUGGUGGUUUGGUUCAGAAUCAAAGAAAGACUUCCUACCUCGUCUUGGUGAUGCCAUUGAGCAUAUUGCAACCUCUCCCGAUGGUGCCUUCCAUUCCACAUCCCAUGGUGAUAAUAGAAUAGUUAUUAUAAGAAGCAAUCUGUGGCUCUCUGCUAUAAUUCAGGGUUUGGUUAAAGGUCAGGAAGUUUUGACUGGUUUGAUGAUUGAUCCAAGGAGCAAAGCUUUGGUUCUAAAUGGAAAACCAGGGCAUUUGCAGUUUUACUCACUUCAGACUGACAAGCAAUUGUACAAUCUAGAUAUUGUGCAAGAGGAAUAUAUCCACCAGUUAGGGCUAAACCAGACCAAGGUUGUCAAGGCAGCAUUUGAUCUGCAUGGUACAUGGUUGGUCACUGUGGAAGAAAGAGUGGAUGAUGAAACUGACAUUGAGCAACAGAUGAAGCUUUGGACCUAUAAUGAGAAGAAGCAGAGUUUUGUCCUCAAUACCACAAUCUGCGCACCACAUGAAAACCAUAUUUCAAACGUAUGCUUUCAAAAUUUGGAUGAUUCCAGAAGUCCACCUACUUUGGUAACAUCUAGCUUGGACGGUCGGUUUAAAGUCUGGAUUCUAGGGGAUGAUUCUGAUAUCUAUCAAAAAAGUGAAUGCUGGACAUGUGACUUUGUGGGAACAUAUCAUAAACUGCAGGCUACAAAUUGUUGUUUCUCUGAGGACGGUUCCCUACUCGCUGUCAGCUUUGAACAAAUCAUUACCUUGUGGGAUGCAAAUACUUGGGACCUGAAAUGUACUUUCUGUCAGCCACCGGGGAAUAUACGGCAUCUUGCCUUUGGAAGACUUAGUUGUUCAAAGUACCUGCUUGCUUCAACUGAUAAUAGGUUUCUCUGUUGCUGGAAUCUUUUGUGCUGCGCUUUGGAAUGGAGCACACAGCUGAAUGUAAUGUCUUUGCAAGUCGAUCCUCUCUCUGAGAAUGUUGCUGUGUUUUCAGACCUUCGUAGGAACAUAGACUUGUUUGUUUUUAAGCCCAAUGAGCCACAACCCUUGUACAUGCAGAAGAAUGUCUGCGAUGUUCCAGUCAAGUCAGCUGUCUUUGUUCCCAGAGAACUGGCUGAGGACUGUAGUUCAGAGAACCAGCAGUGGUUAGCCAGAUCACAGCUUUACUUCCUCACAGAUUCCCAGGACUUGAUGACAUUCAGUACAAAAUCAGAAGAAGAAAGACUAACGCUAUCCAGCAAGCAGUUGGUGACAGAAGAAAAUGCUCUGAUGACUCCUUUCCAUGUGUUGCUUGGAAAACAGCAGCAGCAUCAAAUAAAAUCUGGGCCAGAAGCAGAACAAACCACACUGCCUGAAGGAUCUACUGCAAUUAAUGAGAUGCUUCAUACACCAGCUCAUGUUCUGCCAAAUGCUUCAUUUCUCUGUUCGAUGUUUAUGAAUUCAUUACUUAUUCCUAAGGAGGACAAAAGCUCAAAAGAAGAACAAGAGGAGGUGGAAAUAGAGAGUGAAAAAGAGGAAGAUGAAUCCGAUAUGGAGACAAGUCUCUUUGAAGAUAAGCAAGAGGUGCAAAAAGUAUAUUCAUCUGAAGAACUUUUACCCAAAUUGACUAAAUCUGAGGAAAAAGAACUAAAAAAACUUGAGAGGACUAAUUAUGACUGGCUAUUUACUGUAUAGACUGGAGAAAUUAAUUCCUGCUGCUGAUCUGAAGAAUUUUGUACUAAAUAUUUUACAACAUAUGUUCCGAUAUGGUUAACUAUAAAGUUUCAUUUUUACAAUAAAUACACUAUUUGUGUUUCUUGAAUAGACCCAUUUGGAGGGUGGAAAAGGCAGCAUCAGUAACAAGUUGCUCCUUUUACAAAUGGAUAACCUAUAUAGAAAUAAAUAGUGAGAUACCUUCAUUGACUCCUGGGAAUCACUAGCCCAUGACUGCUCAGAGUGGAGUUGGUGCUGUUUUAUUAGAAUCCAUGCAUUGAAAGUGCUCAGAAGCCCAGCGUAAAAGAUGGAAGCAACAUGCCAACUAGCCUGCCUGCCAGCCUCUGAUUCCACCUUCAGUUCCACAAUACAUCAUCUGUCACCUCAAAACUGGAGUUCAAGCAUGACAGUACCAAGAAUCUGGCUGGGGCUGCACUAUUGCUGCCCAAGAAAUAGUAUAACUUUCUCAAUAAUUCAUCAUUAAAUCAGCAAAGGAAUGAGAAUAUCAUUCAAUAAAGUUGUGAAAUUGUGUAAAUGUUUAACCAUCCAAUAUUUGGAAAAGCUUCAGAAUAUUGGAACCAGAGACGGUUAUGAGCCCUUCAUAUCUAUUCUGCCAUUCAACAGUCAUAGCUAUUGUGUGAGAUAUAUAUAUAAAAGUUCCAGAGUAAUACUGACUCAGCUUUUAGCCUUACAGAAGUGUUAAAGCCCAGCAAUAUAUUAGCAUAAUUUUUUGAACAAACCUAUGAUGCUAUCUGCAAGACCUCAAUGGAUCUGCACUGCUUAUACUGUAAAUACUGGUGUAAGAUAAAUAUUGGAGUCUACAUUUUGCUUUUUCCUAUUUCAUGUAACCCUUAUUAGUUUUAUAAAAGUGCUCCUGACAGCCCUCUUUUUUUAAAUAUAAAAUGCAAUAAAAAUUAGAUUUA